AUGCAAAUACGAACAAUGUUAACAUUUUAUGGUCACAGAUCCCGAACCCAAUCGUACGCCUAUCAAUAUUUAAGUUGCCAUGUAUUUGGAACGAUUUAUACAAUACUUACUUCAGUCAGUCUAUGGACUUCUGCUUCCUUUGCUUUUGAACGUACAUUAAUGGAAUUAUUUUUCUUUAAAUUAUUUGGUACAACAAGAAAACAUGCUUUGGUCAUGUCAUUCAUAUUUUUCAUAUUUAUUCCAUUAUGUCGCAUACCAACAAUAUUAGGUAAAAAAGUUUUACCUGAUCCGACUAACAUAUCUUUGUUUAUUUGUACUUAUCGUAUGUCAUCAUUGUUAUUAAGAUUUGAACAAAUACAAGCAUGGAUAAACAUGCUCGGUCCAUGCUUUGUACAUUUUGUAUCAAACAUUCUCACGUGUAUAAGUACAGCUCGACGAAAAGUCUAUCUAUCUAAUAGUAGCAAUAAUCGAUUAAGUUGUUGGCAUGCAUGGUUACACCAAAUAUCAUUACAUUGUGAUUAUUUUGUUUGCCCAUUAGUCAUUAUACUGUGUCAAUUACCACAUUUAAUAUUUUUCGCCAUAACCAACACGUUACAUCCAUGUUUAGAACCUAAAUUGAGUGCCUAUUCACAUUUACAUAUUCUAUCAGGUUUACUAAUCACUGUACCUCAAACAUUAACGUUUUUUAUUUUUAUCUAUCCAUCAAAAUCUUAUAUGGGUGAAUUUUAUUCCUCAUCGCCAAUUGGACGUUUUUUACAGAAAUUAAAAUGA